UCGAGUGGCCAACGUCUUGCGCAGCAACAUGCCUAAGUUUUAUUGUGACUACUGCGAUACAUAUCUCACUCAUGACUCUCCAUCUGUGAGAAAGACACACUGCAGUGGUAGGAAACACAAAGAGAAUGUGAAAGACUACUAUCAGAAAUGGAUGGAAGAGCAGGCUCAGAGUCUGAUUGACAAAACAACCGCAGCAUUUCAGCAAGGAAAGAUACCUCCUACUCCAUUCUCUGCUCCUCCUCCUGCGGGGGCAAUGAUCCCACCUCCCCCCAGCCUCCCCGGUCCUCCUCGCCCAGGUAUGAUGCCAGCACCCCACAUGGGGGGCCCUCCCAUGAUGCCGAUGAUGGGCCCGCCUCCUCCUGGGAUGAUGCCUGUGGGACCUGCUCCUGGAAUGAGGCUGCCCAUGGGAGUCCACAUGCCAAUGAUGCCAGGGCCCCCCAUGAUGAGACCUCCCGCCCGUCCCAUGAUGGUACCCACCCGGCCAGGAAUGACUCGACCAGACAGAUAAGGGAAGAGGGGAGCCUCUUUCUAACAGUUCUAUAUAACUUGUUCUAUUUCUCCAGGAGAUCAUGGUGCUGGGACUCUGGGUGUUUCCAAACAGCAUGACAAGGAAUACUCGCCCCCCUUUCCUAUCAAAGAGAAUAGUUUCAGAGGGUGUAGUGGGACAGGGAAAGCAAUUUUCAUUUGUAUUGUGAAAUGUGAAAAUAAAAUUGUCAACUUUUAGUUAAAAAAAAAA